AUGAGUUUAAGUAAAAAUCAAUUACCUUAUAAUACUUCUAUUGCUACGAAAGAAGUUGAUAUUUUAUUCUUUUUUUAUGUUAUUAUAUCUAAUUAUCCAUUGGAUACUUAAAAAAUUAACGAAACAUAUUUAAUUAAUAUAUGGAACGAAGCCAUCAAAUUUUUCUAAGUAUUCAAUUAUACAAAACAUACAGAAAGUUUAGUUUGGGUAUUGGAAUGUAUAUAUAUGAUGACCUUAAAGUUUUCAUUAAAAGCUCCAUUGAAUAAUAAAUCUUUUAAAAAAGAUUUAACUAAAAUUAGUAAAAGUUUACUCUUAGAUCUUUCUAAUAUAGCAGUAUUUAAAUAUAAGUUUGUAAAUAUAGAUAUUAUAGGAAAUUAUAAUAUCGAUAAUCUAUUUUAAAUUGUAAGUCCUUAUUCACCUAAUAUUUAUAAGAUUUUUAAAUAAAACUAAAAAGAUUAAAUUUUAUUUUUAAGUGGUGAAAAUGAAAAUAUUAAUUAUGAGUAAAUAACAAGUAUUUUAUGUUAUAAAAUACUAAAUGAAGUUAGUAUGGAAUUACUCUAAAAUAUAUAUAAUAAUGAUUUUGCAACUAUUUAUUCUAUUACUUAAGAAUAUAUGAUUGAUUUAUUCAAAGUUAUAGGUUAAAAAUAACAGAAUUAAUUAUAUGCAUUUUACGCUUCUUAAUUAAUUUAUUCACUUUUGAAAAAUAAUAAAUAAAAUCUAAUUAAAGAACUUAAAAAAAAUAUUUUAGAUAUUUUUAAUUCUUAAGAUUUCUUUUAGUGUGAUGUUUAAAAUUUAUGCUAUUGGAAACUUAUUAUUGAUACAGUAAGUGAUUAAGAUGAUUUAUUUAAAGAAUUUACAGCUAGAGAUAAUAUUUUUAAUAUUUUGAUUAACAAAGGGAUAGAAAAUUAACAUAAAAUUAAAAAAUUAUUCAGAAUUUGUUUCAUUAUUUAUUCAGGUCAAUAAGAUAAAUAUAAUAAAAAACUAUAAGAAAUCUUUGAAAUUAUAAAUGAAAUUAUCAAAAAUAUCGAUACAUCGGCUAAUUUAAUUAUUUUAAUUUUAUUAUAUUUCAGAAUUAUGAUUUUAAGAAUGUCUUAGAUUGUGUUAGUAGAUUUUUUUAGAACUAUAUGGCCUAUUUUAUUGAACCUUUUAAUUAAGAUUUUUAGUAAAAAGGAUAAUAGUCUUAUAAAUAUUAAUUUAAUUUUUGCUGGUUUAAAAUUAAUUGAAUUAAUUUCUAUUGUUUAAAUUGAAGAUUUUUAUUUUUAUUAAUGGAUUUUUUUAUUUGAUACUUUUGGUGUUAACAUAGAAAAAAUACAAUAAGAUUAAUAUAUUAUUUAAAACAAUUAAUUUGUUACUCCAUUUUAAUUUAAUCCUAUUUUAGGAACUUUAUUUGAAUAACCAUAUAAAAUAGACUAUAUAAGUACUAUGAAAAAAGAAGAUAUUUAAUAAAGUUUUGAAAAAACAACUAGAAAGGUUAUUUUUACUGAAUCAAGUGUAUUUUUUUGUUACAUAACCUUUAUUUAUUUAUUUUUAAACUUAAAAUAAUUAGAUCUAAACGUUUUAAUAGUUAUAAUAAAAAAUACAUGAAUUUUGCUAAUAUAUCAUAUUUAUUAAUCAAAAAAGACCUGAAGUUGAUUUAAUAUUAAUGGAAGAAA